AGGGCCUUGUCUGUAUAUCCUUGAUUCAGCUUCCUACGAGUGCGACGCCACCGAGGUUGCUAUCUGCAUAGGUAGUUUGGCCCGUCCGUAACUACCGAGAUGUAUUCCAUGAUGUUCAACGAUGUCAUGCCGGCCCCCUUCCACCCCACGCUUCCGCCGGCUCCGUCCCCAGCUCACGAAGAAUCCGGGGCGCUCAAGUUUCCCGUUUAUCUACUUGGGGGCCUCAGCGUGCCGUUUCGCCGUCGGCGACAAAGCCCCCGCGCAACUCGGGAGAUUCCGGCUGAUGAAGAAUCCCCACCAUCGCUGAGUACCUCGCCGAUGAGCUCUGUCGUGUCGAACCCCGUUGGCAGCCUGCGGACUCGCUCUCUGUUCGUGACCCAGUCCCUCAUGUCCAACUCCGGGUACGAAGACCGCUACUCCCGAUCCUCCGUAGAACCCCUCAGCGCUACAAAACUCACGCAAGCCCAACCCGAUACUAUCCGAUGCUCAACCUGUGCCAGUGACUUUGCUUUUUGUUCGCAGAUCGUAAGCAAAGGUUUCACAGGGCGAUAUGGCCGAGCCUACCUAGUAUCGCAACCCGACCAGCUCCCACCAAAGGGCGCCAAGACUAGAGACCUUAUGAACAUUAGGGUCGGCAAGCCUGAGACUCGCCUCUUAGUCACCGGCUCCCACGUCGUCGCGGAUAUCACCUGUCUCAUCUGCCAUACUAAGGUGGGGUGGAAAUACAUAGACGCAAAGGAGGAGACACAGCAAUACAAAAUAGGGAAGUUCAUCCUCGAAACCCAACGCGUUGUCGUUUUUCGGGGCUGGGAAGACGUCGUGGUGGAUGAAAUGCCGGAACUUGAAGUGGAUGAGAAGCAGGGAUACUUCCUAGCAGGAAAUGACGAGGAGCCUGUCACCUUUGAUUCGGAUGACGAGGACGAGUGUGAGGAUCUUUUUGCUGGCAUGUGGGACCCCGCAGUUGUUGCUAAGAGGAGGAACCGGAAGGUCAAUAGACACCUGAAGAAUAACGCCACUUAACGUGAUUUUCUCUUUUAAGCGAUCACGUCUGUUCGGUUGGGGUAUUCCGUGUGCCCAAGAAUGGAUCAAGGGGGCGGGCGGGCUAUCUCGACGUACGUUUAUACCCAGGUUUCACAUGUCUGGAGUUUUCAGGUUCUUAGGA